UAUGGGAUCAGAACACAAACCAAAUUCUGACUGGAGGAAAUUUGCAAUAUACUGGCAACAGGUAAGUCAACAACAUGCUAUCAUUUGAUCAUUGCUUCGGGCUUCAAUUAAUUAAUUAUUUUCAGGAUUAUAUUCAACUAACAAUGACCAUCUGUUGCAGAUCAUCUAACUACCAUAAGAAUGGCAAUUCAGACUAUCACUUGGAUGAGCGCCUUCCUCUGCCUCGCGCAGGUUUUCUCGAUGCCCAUGCCUUGCCAGCUACAAGGACAGCUGGUGCGAACAACCCACAACCUACUGAGAGACAUGGGCGGUCAUUUUCCUCUGGAGUGCCUGCAGGAGAAUGUCUUCAUGGCAUUCCCAGCCACCUCAUUUGCAACCUCCGGGGCGCCACAGUUGAGCAGCAGUGCUGCUAAGGCUAUUUAUGAGACAUUGAAGAACAUCGACACAUUGUUCGGAACUGACGAACUGCCGACAAUGUGGGACCAACAGAAGUUGGAGUAUUUUCAGAACAUUAUCUACCGUCAGAUUGAAGAGAGCGAGUGUAUGAGCAGUGUGGAUACAAGUGAUUAUCCCAUCAGGGCAGAGGGCCUGAAGACAUACUUUGGGAACAUUGCAGCAGUUUUAAAAGAAAAGAAUUUCAGUUACUGCGCCUGGGAAGUGGUUCGAAAAGAACUCCUGUACACCCUAGAAUUCAUUCUGAAACACAACUCUGACAGCCUUCUGUGGUCCAACAGAGCAGAUCAUCUAACUACCAUAAGAAUGGCAAUUCAGACUAUCACUUGGAUGAGCGCCUUCCUCUGCCUCGCGCAGGUUUUCUCGAUGCCCAUGCCUUGCCAGCUACAAGGACAGCUGGUGCGAACAACCCACAACCUACUGAGAGACAUGGGCGGUCAUUUUCCUCUGGAGUGCCUGCAGGAGAAUGUCUUCAUGGCAUUCCCAGCCACCUCAUUUGCAACCUCCGGGGCGCCACAGUUGAGCAGCAGUGCUGCUAAGGCUAUUUAUGAGACAUUGAAGAACAUCGACACAUUGUUCGGAACUGACGAACUGCCGACAAUGUGGGACCAACAGAAGUUGGAGUAUUUUCAGAACAUUAUCUACCGUCAGAUUGAAGAGAGCGAGUGUAUGAGCAGUGUGGAUACAAGUGAUUAUCCCAUCAGGGCAGAGGGCCUGAAGACAUACUUUGGGAACAUUGCAGCAGUUUUAAAAGAAAAGAAUUUCAGUUACUGCGCCUGGGAAGUGGUUCGAAAAGAACUCCUGUACACCCUAGAAUUCAUUCUGAAACACAACUCUGACAGCCUUCUGUGGUCCAACAGAACAUGAAUUUGAACUUGCAGAUCUUUUUUUACUAAUGUGUUUUACAAUUGUGCUUGAUUUUUAAAGCCUUCUAUUCUACAAUCAUGCAAUGUGCAAUGUCAAACAGCAAUAUCAUACAUGUAUUUAUUUAUGUAUUUAUUUAUCAAGGUUAUUUAUUGAUGUAGGCCUAUUUAUGAAUCUAUUUAUCUAUUUGAAAAUCGUGCCUUUUGUUGCUCUUCAUCAAAUGUUAAGUUAAUAAAAUAAAAAAUACUUUUAAAUAUUGGUAAUCUCAGUGCUCAUUCUGUAUCCAAGUCCAAGGUGUGAUUUUAUGUAGUUAUUUUCUAUUUCACCUUUAUUUAACCAGGUAGGCCAGUUCAGAACAAAUUAUCAUUUACAACUGCGACACUGCCAAGAUAAAGCAAAGCAGUGCGACAAAAGCAACAACACAGAGUUACACAUAAACAAACGUACAGUCAAUAACACAAUAGAAAAAUCUAUGUGCAGUGUGUGCAAAUGUAGAAGAGUAUGGGAGAUAAGACAAUAAACAGGCCAUAGAGGCAAAAUUAUUACAAUUUAGCAUUAACAAUGGAGUGAUAGACGUGCAGAUGAUGAUGUGCAAGUGGACAUACUGGGGUGCAAAAGAGCAAGAGGGUAAGUAAUAAUAUGGGGAUGAGGUAGUUUGGUUUGCAA